CAAUCAGGAGAGUCGAGGUGAACAUCCGCCUAAAUUUCAAACCGCUCCCAGCAGCAGCAGCAGCAGCAGUGGUGGAGGUUCAGGUUGUUUACGUGAUUUAACAUGGAGCCCUUUGACGAGGAGGAAACCAAAAUGUAUUUUUAUGAAAACCGGCUGAAGACUUUCGUCGGGUGGCCUUUCGACGAGGAGUGCGCGUGCACCCCGGAGAGCAUGGCUCAAGCCGGCUUCAUCCACACGCCCUCAGACAACAGCCCGGACAUCGCCAAGUGUUUCUUCUGCCUGAAGGAGCUGGAGGGCUGGGAGCCGGAGGACGACCCGCAAAAGGAGCACAAAUCCCACUCUCCAACCUGCCACUUCAUUGCUCUGAAGAAGAAAGUGGAAGAACUGACUGUGGAGGAAUUCCUCAAACUGCAGAAGGAGAGACAGAAGUUCAUCAUCAACAAAAGCUGCAAUGAGACCAUCACCAAGUUUGAGGAGGCAGCCAAAUUAAGGAGAGCAGAAAUCAUCAAGACAGCCAUGGAUGAAGAGUGACAAAGAGAGGAAGCUCAGAUGAAUGCGGUUGGGUGGGGCUGACUGAGAGAUGAAUUGUUGAGUGUUACUUAUUGAAUUCAUUUUCAUUUCUUCUAUAUAUGUUUGUCUUGUUUCUAUUAUGAAUGUUUCAAGUUUUACAUGUUCUAAUGUGAAAGUGUGUUUUUAUCAUUAAAUCAUUCUAUUCAGCUAC